AUGUAUCGUUGCAUAGUGCUCACGGUUUUGCUGGCAGUUAUCGCAUCGAACGAUGCGAAUUGGUUCCGAUGCGACUACGAAUGUUUUCCCAAAGCUGGAGGCUACCUAAAGCUGCACAGGAUUCCCGCAAAUUGGAGGGAAGCUCGGCUAAGGUGUCACCUUGAAGGAGCGAAAAUUGCAUCACCUCUAAAUGAUGAGCUGAAGAACGCCAUGUUAUCAAUGAUGGAUGUUUCUCUCAAGCGCAAGUGUGGGGUAUUUCUGGGCAUCCAUGCAACAUUCUCUAGAGGAGACUUCUUCUCCGUGGACGGAGUACCUCUCUCCCAUAUUUCUUACACUUGGGCGGAUGGUGAGCCUGACAACUAUAACGACGCAGAGAGCUGUCUUCUCUUGACAGAGAAUGGGGAAUUCGCUGAUGUCAACUGCGAGGAUACAUAUCCCUAUUUCUGCUACAAGAAAAUUUCCAAUUCACUUGUUAUGAACAGUUGCGGUACGACAGAUCCUGAGAAACAUCGGCAUUCCAUCGAUAUGGAGAUCGUUAUAUGCGGGCUUAGUGGGAUUCAUGUGGCAAAGGAAAUAUUCGCUAAAUACCCCGAUAAUAAGAUUGUGGGUAACUUCCCGAAGGACGUAGCUUUCGUCGGCGUGCACGACUGGGGAGAGCACGGCGAGUGGCUCACAAUCAAUAGUGAUACACUCCAGGAAGCCGGUUACAGCAAGUUCUCGCCUGGAGAACCCAAUAAUGGCUCCACUGGAGAAUUUUGCGGAGCUAUCUACAGGAAUGGCAUGUAUAAUGAUCUGUUGUGUGAGAGCCGAUAUGUCUUCCUCUGUGAGAAGGACCCUGAAAGCCUGCUGUGUGAACAAGACCAAUAA